AAACCGUACCAUGACUUUGCUACUUUAUGUAACAUCCAAGGAAACUUUGAGAAGCAAAUACCUGUCUAUAUGCAUCUCUUCAUUCACCUAACCAGGUAAAAUGACAUUACAUCAAAGAUUUUAUUCCUUUAUAUAUGAAGUUAUAAAGGUAGUGUGUCAGACAUUGGUUUCUUCUAAAGAUAGCUGGAAAUAAAUCAAUCUUGGAAGAGACCGAGUUGGAGAUAAAGGGAGAGUGAGAGUCUGAAAGAGCAAGGAUGGUCAUGUACUGGGUUCAAGCAUUGCUGUUUAUGACUGUUCUAUUUCCGGCAUUGGUAGACUGUAAGAUUCGGCAUUACAGUUUCACUGUGGUCUUGAAAAACACAACAAGGCUUUGUGCCACCAAGCCUAUUGUGACUGUCAAUGGGAAGUUUCCAGGGCCAACUCUUUAUGCAAGAGAAGACGAUAACGUACUCGUAAGGGUCACCAAUCAUGUUCAAUACAAUGUUACAAUCCACUGGCAUGGGGUCAGACAAUUUCGAACAGGUUGGUCUGAUGGACCAGCAUAUAUCACACAGUGCCCAAUUCAGCCUGGUCAGAACUUCCUUUACAACUUCACCCUCACAGGUCAAAGAGGGACACUCCUUUGGCAUGCACAUAUUUCCUGGCUGAGGUCAACCAUGCAUGGUGCCAUUGUUAUCUUGCCCAAGAAAAGUGUCCCUUAUCCAUUUCCCAAGCCUGAUAAGGAAAAAGUAAUCAUAUUAGGGGAAUGGUGGAAGGCAGAUACUGAAGCUGUGGUCAAUCAGGCAAUGCAAACUGGUUUGCCUCCAAAUAUAUCAGAUGCACACACAAUUAAUGGCCAUGCAGGGCCAGUUCCUAACUGUUCUUCUGAAGGUGCAUAUACUUUGCAUGUCCAAAAUGGAAGGACCUAUUUGCUACGGGUUGUCAAUGCAGCUGUGAAUGAUGAGCUCUUCUUCAAAAUUGCCGGCCAUAAUCUGACUGUUGUGGAAGUUGAUGCAGCUUACACUAAACCUUUUAAAACUGACACAUUAUUUCUUGGUCCAGGACAAACAACAACUGCUCUUCUUACAGCAGAUCAGGGCAUUGGGAAGUAUUUAAUAGCCAUAUCUCCAUUCAUGGACACCAUUGUUGCCGUUGACAAUUUGACCGGAAUGGGAUUCUUACGCUACAACCACACCCUUGCCUUUACUCCAACUACCUUGACCAGCAUUCCUCCUGUAAAUGCAACAGCCGUAACAUCAGUUUUUUCUGAAGCUCUUCGAAGCCUUAAUUCGAAAGAAUAUCCAGCCAAUGUCCCUUUAACCGUUGAUCACUCACUAUUUUUCACCAUUGGGGUUGGGAUCAACCCUUGUGCUACGUGCUUUAAUGGUAGCAGGGGUGUAGCAGCUAUAAACAAUGUCUCUUUUGUCAUGCCAACUACAGCUCUGCUUCAAGCACAUUACUAUAGCAUAAAAGGGGUUUUCACAGAUGAUUUUCCAGGACAGCCACUAAUACCUUUCAAUUAUACCGGAACUCCACCAUCCAAUCUACAAACAAUGAAUGGCACCAGAGUAUACAGACUGGCCUAUAAUUCAACAGUUCAAUUAGUAAUUCAAGGAAACUCUAUAAUAGCACCUGAGAGUCAUCCAACCCAUCUGCAUGGAUUCAACUUCUUUGUAAUUGGAAGAGGGGUGGGAAAUUUUGAUCCGAACAAGGAUCCACUGAAAUUCAAUCUAGUUGAUCCUGUCGAGAGGAACACGAUAAGUGUACCAACUGCUGGAUGGACUGCAAUCAGAUUCAGAGCAGAUAACCCGGGGGUCUGGUUUUUCCAUUGCCAUUUAGAAGUUCAUACAACAUGGGGACUUAAGAUGGCAUUCCUGGUAGACAAUGGUAAAGGCCCGAACGAGUCAAUUCUACCGCCUCCGAUUGACCUUCCACAAUGCUAGACAAACUUUCCUGACAGCUUUGAGAAUCAAAGCUUAAGAGUAGACACGAGAAUGAAAGAGGCCAGAAGAAUGUGAAAAUUUGUGACUGAAAAACAAUGAGAAAAAAAAGAUUUGAUAAAGCUAAUAAACAGCAGAUGAUCAAAGGAUUGUUGUUUUUUUUUCUCCAUGUAAUAAUUUUAAAUCCAUGUAAUAAUCUCUAUUGUCUUUGGUGGUGCAGAGGGAUCAUAUACUUUGAGUGUACGUUAGUAAAAGAUGUAAUUAUCAGAGUUCCAAUCAUAUUUUAUGAUGAAAUUAAAGCUUGGAAAGCUCUUCAUUUCUCAAUCUUUUUCAGUCAUAAAAUUUAUAUAUUGACAGGAAAAAAAUGCGCGCCAGGUAGGGGUCGAACCUACGACUUUCUGCUUAGGAAACAGACGCUCUAUCCACUGAGCUACGAGCGCUAUGUUUGGAACCAAUGCCUGUAAUACAUAAGGAAGUUACUUAUUGAUGAAUUUUUUUUUGGCAGUUUUUCAAUUAAAAUUUGCAUGAAAUUACGAAGAAUAAGAUAUUU